AUGAGUACAGGACGGUGGAUUUCCAUCCUUGCCACCCUCUUUGGAGUUCUCUCCCUUAUUUCCUCUUCUUUCUCCGAACCAGCUCCAUACCGUACGUUCGCCAAAGAUGCCACCCUGGCUCCGCCGCUGGUCUUCUACGACUACAUCGUGAUCGGCGGCGGAACAUCGGGAUGCGCUCUGGCGGCGACCCUAUCUCAGGGAGCCACAGUGCUGGUGCUGGAGAGGGGUGGGUUGCCUUACGCCGAUCCUAACAUAACCGACCUAACUGGUUUCGCCGCCAAUCUAGCCGACACGUCUCCCUCCUCGCCGGCGCAGCAAUUCGUUUCCACCGACGGCGUCAUCAACCACCGGGGUCGCGUCUUGGGCGGCGGGACGGCUAUAAACGCCGGGUUCUACUCCCGGGCGAGCACCGAGUACGUGGCCAGAGCCGGGUGGGACCAGAAGCUGGCCAACGAGUCGUACGAAUGGGUGGAAAACAAGGUGGUUUUCGAGCCGGUGGUGGGUGGUUGGCAAUCUGCGUUGAGGAAUGGGUUGCUCGAAAGCGGUCAAUUCCCUUACAAUUACUUCACCUACGAGCAUCACCGGGGGACUAAAGUCGGCGGCACUAUUUUCGAUCAGAACGGAUAUCGACACACCGCCGCGGAUUUACUCGAAUACGCCGACCCGAAAAGUAUCACCGUCUACCUUCACGCCACCGUUCAACAAAUCUUGUUCAGACCCCAAGGCCUGGGGAGACCAAAGGCGAAUGGAGUAGUCUUCACUGAUUCGUACGGACGGAGGCACGUGGCGUCAUUGUACAGAGGUGCUAUGAAUGAGAUCAUACUCACAGCUGGGGCGCUUGGAAGCCCACAAAUUCUGAUGCUGAGUGGGAUUGGUCCGGCCCAACACCUUCGAGCCCACAACAUCAAAGUAGUGUUGGAUCAGCCUCAGGUUGGUCAGGGAAUGGCUGACAACCCAAUGAACGCCAUUGUUGUUCCUUCGCCCCGACCCGUUGAGACUUCCCUGAUUCAAGUGGUGGGAAUUACCGAUUUCGGGUGCUACAUUGAAGGCGCCAGUGGACCCGUGGGUUUUGAUUGGGUCCAUGGCCUCAAUCAACAGUUUCAAAAGAUUACAAAUCAGACUAGCGAGCCUUACACCGUACGAAGCAACCAAACCAACGAUAUAUCGGGUCCAGAUGAAGCAGAAGCUAUUGAAAUCGGGAACCUGUAUGAUGCAACUAGAAGAUCCGGAAUUAUACUUGAGAAAGUAACGGGUCCUUACUCCACGGGUCACCUGGAGCUGUACAGCACCAACCCGAAUGACAACCCGGUUGUUACAUUUAACUAUUUCAAAGACCCAAGGGACCUGGAAAGAUGUGUUCAGGGAAUGGAAACGAUCAGAAGGAUUAUAAACUCAUUAUCUUUCACGAGUUUUAGAUACCCUUUGACUCCGGUUCAGGCACUGAUAAACUCGAUGCUGACUUUCCCUGUGAACUUGAGACGGAAAAGGAUCACGGCUGCCUUCUCAAUGGAGCAUUAUUGCGAGGACACUGUGAUGACCAUCUGGCAUUACCACGGUGGAUGUCAAGUUGGCAAGGUUGUGGAUUCCAACUACAGAGUUAUCGGGGUCGAUUCGUUGCGGGUUAUCGAUGGUUCUACGUUUUAUGAGUCCCCUGGAACUAAUCCUCAAGCCACUGUCAUGAUGCUUGGAAGGUACAUGGGGCAGAGAAUUCUUGCGCAAAGGAAUUCAAAGGGGAUGAAGAAGCAGUAG